GCCGGUCAUCCUUCUCUAAGCAUUCCCCGUCGGCGACCGACAUUUCCCAAAACAGGCGGAAUUCAAUCGCCGCCCCCAACUUUGACUGCUCGUCGGAGUUCAGGCCGAGCCGUAAAUGGGGUGGGUUUAACCGGGUUAGUUGAAUGCGAGGCAUCUCGAGGCCACCGCUCCGAACACUUCAUCUCCUACCGUCGUUUUCUCUUAACUAUUCUUGACUUCUCCUCGUCUCUCCCCCCUCUCGCGGGUCGCUUUCGACAAUUGUCACAGGACCAAUUGCUACGAUCCAGACAUCUCUUUGAAUAGCACGAUGAGCAAGGUAUUCGACGCGGCGGAAGUCGCAAAACACAACACUCCAGAGAGUUGCUGGGUAAUUCUCUACGGAAAGGUUUACGAUGUCACCGACUUUCUCUCAGAGCACCCUGGUGGUGCCAAAAUAAUUCUUAAGCUUGCUGGAAAAGAUGCCACCGAGGAAUAUGACCCUAUUCAUCCUCCAGGCAUUCUAGAGGAGAACCUGAAGCCCGAAUCAUUCCUAGGAACGGUAAAUGCCGACACUCUGCCGAAAGUACAAGCGGAGCCACCCUCAGAUGCGGGGGUGAAGGAAGGCCCGCCUCCGAUGGAGAGUCUACUCAACAUGGAUGAUAUCGAGCAAGUGGCCACCAAAAAUGUCAGCAAGAAAGCCUGGGCCUACUACUACUCAGCAUCUGACGACAAAAUCACGAAACAUUUCAAUACUGAAGUUUACCGGUCCAUCUUGCUGCGGCCACGGGUAUUCAUCGACUGCACGCGAUGUGACCUGGAUACUACAGCUCUGGGCAACAAGAUCGGCAUGCCCAUCUAUGUCUCCCCCGCAGCUAUGGCUCGCUUGGGUCACCCAGCAGGUGAAGCUGGCAUUGCCGAGGCCUGUCGCAGCUUCGGGGCCAUGCAGAUUAUUUCCAACAACGCUUCAAUGACACCAGAGCAGAUCGUUCAGGACGCUGCGCCAGACCAAGUAUUUGGAUGGCAAUUGUAUGUACAAACAGACCGGAAGAAGAGCGAGGCCAUGCUGGCACGUAUAAACAAGCUCAAGGCGAUCAAGUUCAUUGUUCUCACUCUAGAUGCGCCUGUGCCUGGAAAGAGAGAGGACGACGAGCGUGGCAACACCGUGGGCGCAUCAGCACCAGUUCCGAGCGCCACAAAAGCUGCAGACAAGUCUGCGGGCGAGAUCAACAACGGAGGCGGUGGUGUCGGACGUCAGCUUUUCGCAGGCACCGAUCCGACCCUCACAUGGAAAGAGACUCUUCCGUGGUUGGCUAAGCAUACCGAUCUACCCAUUGUCCUCAAGGGUCUUCAGACCCACGAGGAUGCUUACAUUGCAUCUCUUCACACCCCCCAGGUUAAGGGCAUCAUUCUUUCCAACCAUGGUGGGCGUGCUCUCGACACGGCUCCUCCAGCUGUGCACACAUUACUCGAAAUUCGAAAGUAUUGCCCGGAAGUCUUUGAUAAGUUGGAAGUAUGGAUUGACGGCGGUAUCCGCCGUGGCACAGACGUUGUCAAGGCCCUCUGUCUGGGCGCAAGAGGUGUUGGUAUUGGACGUCCUGCGUUGUGGGGCUUAGGAGCCGGCGGUGUCGAGGGCGUCAAGCGCACCCUGCAGAUUCUGUCCGACGAAACCAAGACAUGCAUGCGGUUACUUGGUGUUGAGCGUGUGGAAGAUCUAGGACCCCAGCAUAUCAACACUCGCUUUGCGGAACAGCAAAUCUACGAUGGACCGUCAGGGCUGGAAGGUAUCCGGAGCACAUACCGUGCCAAAUUAUGAAAUGAGCUACGCCAAGAUUGGGUGUCUAUAUCCUAGCAUCUCUGUUCUAUGUAGCCUGCAUACAGAAAUUAGACAUGGUGGUAAUCGAUACUAGUUGCAAGUCUGACUUGACUGUCCGUAGUGUAUAUAUCCCGUCUACUGCAAAGCGAC